CAGCACCCUCAGCACCUCAGUCGAGCAGGAGCACCGCACUGAGUCACAUCUAUACACGCACACAUACACACAUAACACGCACACACACGCACACAAGCACAGCCUCCUGCGGUAAUCCCGUGCGGCGCAGCGGCUUUUCCAACGGCAUACCAAGUGCGUCCGCGCCGGGAGAUGGGAGGCGCAGCUCGCGGCUUCCUGAGCGCUCAGAGCGGCGUAGUAGACUCCUGCUGAUCGGGGAUGCUGCCGGAGUCUGCUGCUAUUUCUCAUUCCCGUGCAGGAAUCGCUUCCAAGCUGCACCUCUGUCGGGGAUCUAAAGUGGACACGCCGUUUGAUCAGGAUAUACACUGUUCUCAGCAUUUGUGAUCUUUUUUCGGAGGGGGGAGUAAUCGGAGUUGGAGACUGCUCUGGACUUGCUUCUUAUCCGCAGUGUCGAUGCGGCUGUGAAGUGAUAUCUGCAUAGAUUACAGGUAUAGAAUGUCCUCCGUCUUGAGAGAAGCUUGAUCCUGAUUGGCCUACAGUACUGGACUGUGCCUCUUCCCGCCGCCCGCCACUCCCAUCACCAGAACAGCCAUGACGUCCCUCACCAGGAUACGGACCUGCUUUUUUCUAUGCUGCUUUCUGUCCAGCGUGGUGCUUCCUGUGACAUCACAAACCGUGGUGCAAGCAUCGCCGAUUCACAGUGCCGGCUCCCAGGUGAUCACAGCCUCUCUGCAGGAGGAGGAGUAUGCGUCGUUUCGCGCUGAGAACCCUGAGUGGACAUUCAACCAUCUGGCGGUGGACUAUCGCAAUGGCAAUGUUUACUUGGGAGCUGUAAAUCGCAUAUACAAGCUUUCCCCAGACUUGGAGGUCCAGGUGUCGCAUGAGACUGGCCCAGAUGAAGACAAUCGCAAGUGCUACCCUCCACGUAUUGUGCAGCCGUGCAGUGAGCCUCUGACACUAACCAACAACGUCAAUAAGAUGCUACUGAUGGACUAUCGCGAGAACCGCCUGCUGGCUUGUGGGAGCCUUUAUCAGGGCAUCUGCAAACUCCUCCGUCUAGACGAUCUCUUCAAACUAGGAGAGCCCUUCCACAAGAAGGAGCACUACCUCUCUGGGGUCAACGAGAGUGGUUCUGUCUUUGGUGUCAUCGUUUCAUAUAGCAACGCCUCACCGGACAUGCUAUUCGUGGCCACAGCCGUGGACGGCAAGCCAGAGUACUUCCCUACCAUAUCGAGCCGCAAGUUGGCCCGAAACUCCGAGGAGGACGGCAUGUUUGCCUAUGUCUUUCACGACGAGUUUGUGGCCUCUAUGAUUAAAAUCCCUUCAGACACCUUCACGGUCAUCCCAGAUUUUGACAUAUACUACAUUUAUGGCUUUGCUAGUGGGAACUUUGUCUACUUCCUAACUUUGCAGCCAGAAAUGGGGAAUGGGCCAACUACUGGCUCGUCCUCUGCUGGUCGGGAACAGGUGUACACUUCCAAAAUAGUCCGCCUUUGCAAGGCAGACACCGCCUUUAACUCCUAUGUAGAGGUGCCUAUUGGAUGCAUUAGUGACAACGUGGAGUACAGAUUACUGGAGGCGGCUUACCUGUCUAAAGCUGGCUCUAUCCUGGCACACUCGCUAGAGGUGGCACCAGACGAUGAUGUGCUCUUCGCUGUCUUCUCGAAAGGCCAGAAGAGGCGUCCACGCCAGGCGUCCCAGGACUCGGCGCUGUGCGUCUUCUCGCUUCGAACCAUUAACGAGAAAAUCAAGAACCGGCUGCAGGCCUGCUACAAGGGAGAGGGCACGCUGGACCUGGCCUGGCUCAAAGUCAAAGACAUCCCUUGCAGCAGCGCGCUCUUGACCAUCGAUGACGACUUUUGUGGCCUCGACAUGAACGCACCAUUGGGCGUGUCUCAGAUGGUGCACGGCAAACCCCUCUUCUCCGACGACGCCGACAAAAUGACGUCGGUCAUCGCCUACGUCUACAAGAACCACUCGCUGGUCUUCGUGGGCACAAAAAGCGGUCAAGUCAAAAAGAUUCGGGUCGACGACUCCUCUCAUGCUCUGCAGUACGAGACAGUGCAGGCGGUGGAGAGCGGACCCGUCCUCAGAGACAUGGCCUUCUCUUCAGACCACCACUACCUCUACGUCAUGUCCGAGACCCAGCUGUCCAGGGUCCCAGUGGAAGCCUGCGGUCAGUAUUCAACCUGCAGCGAAUGUCUGGGCUCAGGAGACCCACACUGUGGCUGGUGUGUCCUGCACAACAUGUGCACCAGAAAGGAGAAAUGUGAACGCUCAUCCGAGCCCCGGCGCUUUGCGUCGGACAUCAAGCAGUGCGUGCGUCUCAGCGUUCACCCCAAUAACAUCUCAGUGUCCCAGUUUAGUGUGACGCUGGUGCUGGAGGCCCACAAUGUGCCAGAGCUGUCUGCCGGGGUCAACUGCACCUUUGAGGACGUGGCUGAGAUGAACGGCUUGGUGGAGGGGAACCGGAUCAAGUGCUCCUCGCCUGCUGAAAAGGAGAUGCCGCGCAUCAUUGUUGACAAAGGCGAUCACCAGAUCGUGCAGCUGUACCUUAAAUCUAAGGAGACGGGCCUGGCCUUCGCAAACACCAGUUUUGUUUUCUACAACUGCAGCGUGCACAAAUCGUGUCUAUCAUGUGUAAGCAGUCCCUACCAGUGCCACUGGUGUAAAUACAGACAUGACUGCACCCAUGACCCCCGCACGUGCUCUUUUCAGGAGGGACGAGUCAAGAAACCUGAGGGGUGUCCCCAGUUACUGCCUGCUGAUAAGAUCCUGGUUCCAGUCAACGUAGUGAAGCCCAUCACGCUCCGAGCGAAGAACCUACCCCAGCCCCAGUCUGGACAGAGGGGCUACGAGUGUCUCCUGACCAUCCAGGGGAACGAGCACCGCGUCCCUGCCCUGCGCUUCAACAGCUCGUCCGUGCAGUGUCAGAACACAGCGUAUUUUUACGAUGGGAUGGAGAUGAGCAGUCUUCCGGUGGAGCUGACAGUCAUCUGGAACGGGGACUUCAGCAUUGACAACCCCGCCCACAACAAAGUCCAUCUGUACAAGUGCGACGCCCAGCGCAGGAGCUGCGGCUUGUGUCUGAAGGCGGACCCGCUGUUCGGGUGCGUUUGGUGCAAAGGAGAGAACCGCUGCAUGCUCAAGCAGCACUGUCCCCACCCUGAGAACCAGUGGCUGGAGCACAACGGCAUCAACAGCAAGUGCACCGAUCCUCGGAUCACACAGAUCACCCCCCUGCGGGGUCCCAGGGAGGGCGGUGUGCUUGUGACUAUCCGUGGUGAGAACCUGGGACUGGACUUUACAGAGAUUCAGGGCAAUGUAAAGGUGGCCGGAGUCAAUUGCACCCCCAUACAUGAAGGCUAUGUCCCGGCUGAGCAGAUUGUAUGUGAGAUGGGGAAAGCGGAGGAGAGCCAGUACACUGGGAAUGUGCAGGUCUGCGUCGGUGUUGGAAAGUGCAGACCAGAAUUCAUGGCCAAAUCCUCCAAGUACUAUUACUUUGUGGUUCCAAGGAUUAGUGAAAUAAGGCCCAACCGAGGGCCAGUGUCCGGGGGAACCGUUGUCAACAUCACCGGCAGCCACCUUGAUGCUGGGAGCAACGUGUCGAUCACUGUUAGGGAUCAGCCGUGCACUUACCUGAGGAGGGGCGGGCAGUGGCUGACCUGUCGCACCCACGCCUCGUUGCACGGCUACGGCAACAUGUCUGUGUCCGUGAGCAUCAACAAAGCUCAUCUCAAGAAGGACCUGCUGUUCGAGUACGUGGAGGAUCCCACCAUCACCAAGAUAGAGCCUGAGUGGAGUAUCUACAGUGGACACACCCCAGUGACAGUGACAGGCACUAACCUGGACAUCAUUCAGACCCCACUCAUCCGAGCCAAAUACAACGGCCACGAGACACUGAAUCUGUGCGAGGUGCUCAGCCCUACGUCCAUGCUGUGCCAGGCCCCAGAGCUGCCCAUCAGCCUGGCCCGACAGCAGGAGGUCCCCGAGCGACCUGACGAGUUCGGCUUCAAGCUGGACGACGUGCAGGCUGUGAUGGCUCUCAACACCACCAACUUUAUCUACUACCCCAAUCCAGAGUUUGAACCUCUGAGUGUGUCCGGGGUGCUGGAGCUGAAACCUGGAUCACCCAUCAUACUGAAGGGGCGGAACUUCCUCCCGCCGACCAAUAGCGCGAACGGAAAGCUCAACUACACGGUUCUGAUUGGGGAGAAGCCCUGCGUGUUGACGGUGUCAGAGACCCAGCUGCUGUGCGAGUCGCCCAACCUGACAGGGCGACACAAGGUCCUGGCCCGUGUGGGUGGUAUCGAGUUUUCCCCAGGCGUGGUGCACAUCACCUCCGACAGCCCGCUCAGCAGCACCGCCAUCAUCGGCAUCGCCGCCGCCGGAGCCCUGCUCAUCCUCUUCAUCGUGGUGGUGCUCAUCGCCUACAAGCGCAAGUCUCGAGAGAGCGACCUGACUCUGAAGAGACUGCAGAUGCAGAUGGACAACCUUGAGUCCCGGGUGGCGCUGGAGUGCAAGGAGGCUUUUGCAGAGCUCCAGACAGACAUUCAUGAGCUGACCAGUGAUCUGGAUGGUGCAGGAAUCCCAUUCCUGGACUACAGAACCUACACCAUGAGGGUCCUCUUUCCAGGAAUUGAGGAGCAUCCUGUACUCAGAGACCUAGAGGUGCCGGGCUACCGCCAGGAGCAGGUGGAAAAGGGCCUGAAACUUUUCGGCCAGCUCAUUAACAACAAGGUCUACCUGCUGUGCUUUAUUCGCACUCUGGAGGCCCAGCGUGGUUUCUCCAUGCGGGACCGGGGCAACGUGGCCUCGCUCAUCAUGACAGUGCUGCAGAGCAAGCUGGAGUACGCCACUGAUGUUCUCAAGCACCUGCUGUCUGACCUCAUAGACCGCAACCUCGAGAGCAAGAACCACCCCAAGCUGCUGCUCCGCAGGACCGAGUCUGUUGCAGAGAAGAUGCUGACCAACUGGUUCACGUUCCUUCUCUACAAGUUUCUCAAGGAAUGUGCCGGCGAGCCCCUCUUCUCCCUCUUCUGUGCCAUCAAGCAGCAGAUGGAAAAAGGCCCCAUUGACUCCAUUACAGGAGAAGCACGUUACUCACUCAGCGAGGACAAGCUCAUCAGGCAACAGAUUGACUACAAGACACUGGUGGUGAACUGCAUCCAUCCAGAGAACGAGAAGAGCCCAGAGAUCCAGGUCAAGGUGCUGAACUGUGACACAAUCAGCCAAGUGAAGGAGAAGAUCCUGGAUGCCAUCUACAAAAACGUUCCACACUCGCAUCGCCUGAAGGCCACAGACAUGGACCUAGAGUGGCGUCAGGGUCGAGGCCAGCGCAUGAUCCUGCAGGAUGAGGACGUCACCACCAAAAUCGAAGGCGACUGGAAGAGACUGAACAUGCUGGCCCAUUAUCAGGUACCUGAUAAUGCAGUGAUGGCCUUGGUUCCCAAGCAAGUGACAGCCUACAACUCAGUCAACAACUCCACUGUGUCCCGGACGUCUGCAAGUAAAUACGAGAACAUGAUAAAGUACACUGGAAGUCCCGACAGCCUGCGUUCACGGACUCCCAUGAUCACUCCCGAUCUGGAGAGCGGGGUCAAAGUCUGGCACCUGGUGAAGAACCAUGAGCACGGAGACCAGAAGGAGGGCGACCGAGGAAGCAAGAUGGUCUCCGAGAUCUACCUGACGCGACUCCUGGCUACCAAGGGCACAUUACAAAAGUUUGUGGACGACCUGUUCGAGACCAUCUUCAGCACAGCCCAUCGAGGCAGCGCGCUGCCGCUGGCCAUCAAGUACAUGUUCGACUUCCUGGACGAGCAGGCCGACAAACACAACAUCCACGACCCCCACGUGCGACACACAUGGAAGAGCAACUGCCUACCUCUGCGUUUCUGGGUGAAUGUGAUCAAGAACCCUCAGUUCGUGUUUGACAUCCACAAGAGCAGCAUCACAGACGCGUGUCUGUCCGUGGUGGCCCAAACCUUCAUGGACUCCUGCUCCACCUCCGAGCACCGCCUUGGGAAGGACUCGCCCUCCAACAAGCUGCUUUACGCCAAGGACAUCCCCAGUUACAAGAACUGGGUGGAGAGGUACUACUCAGACAUCAGCAAGAUGCCGGCGAUCAGCGACCAGGACAUGAACGCCUACUUGGCAGAGCAGUCACGGAUGCACAUGAACGAGUUCAACACCAUGAGCUCCCUCAGUGAGAUCUACUCCUACGUGGGCAAAUACACUGAGGAGAUCGUGUGCUCACUGGAGCAGGAUGACGCAGCCAGGAAACAGAGGCUGGCCUUCAAGCUGGAGCAGGUGGUGGCCUUCAUGAGUCUGGAGAGCUGAGGACCGCAUUUCCCAGGGCGCACUGGGAAGAAACCCCGUCAGAAACCGAGCUGUGCCUGAGCGAAGACCUGUCCCCAUCUUUCUCAUCCCGUGACUUCCUCCUGCCGCCUUUCAAAGAUGACUUCUUCCUCGACCCUUUUUUCUGCUUCCUCUUCCCCCCGAGAAGUUCUUUUGUUUUCCUCAUCGACUCUGCUGCAUAGACUAGUUUACCUGAACAUAUCUGAUGGGUGGUUCGGGCUGGAGUCGGAAUCUUCCACAGCGCAAUGUGGGGGAUCCCUCAGCUUCACCACAGGGAGAGCUUCAAGGGGCGAUUGCUUGAAAGCUGGCCAUAUUGGCAUGCGUCAGUCCCCCCACUGGAUGAACAGAGGGGAGGAACAUUUUUAUGUUGCCUUUAAGACUUUACACUGAUAAGUGAUUCUUUCAAAACCACGAUAUUGGCUGUCUAUUCUGUUGAGGACUUUUUACAACAUAGGGUAGUUAAAGUAAAACCAUCUAGCGUCCAGUUUAUCGUAGUUCUAUAUAAACAUACUGAAUCGAGAGGAAACGAUGACUGCAAGCCAAAUUCACACCUCUGAAAAAAAAGAAUGCAAGGAUGGUUUGCUAAGUUUACACUGUACCUACAAGUGAAGCAUACAGUACAUAUCCGCAAACCUCGAAUGUUCCUUCAAUGUAGCUGGAGUUGUAUUUAAGAUAAGAAGCCGACGCGGGGUGGCAGGGAAGGAUUAGCGCUUCUCUGAACCGUCCUCGGUGGAAAUGUGACUGAUUUUGAAACCUUUACGACCCAGAGCAUCCCCGGCCCGAUCCCUUCGUCUGAGUCCAGCACACAUUUACUUAAACAACCUCUCAUGAUUUCUGCUUCCAUCCGGCUUACGUGGCUACUGCAAAUUAACCUAUUGGACAAACCCCCGGGCCCCCGACCCGAGUCGGGUCCUUUCUGAGAAGCACAGCGCCAACUUUGGAAUGCCGCGUUUUGACUAGAAGCAGUGUCUGUGUGGCUCACGACACUUCCAAUCUGCAGUCGCCACGGCGACCGUCUCUCAAAGCACACACACACACACACACACACACACACACUCAGCAGCUGCCCAACGUCCUGACCAGCCACAUAUCUACACCUGGGAGAGGUUGAGCAGAGAGCUGACUGAAACGAACUGAGCGAGAAACCUUUGAUCAUGUGCGGCGGUCGACUCAGUGCAGUGUAGCCACAGACGGCUGACUGCUGAGCGCCGUCCCACGCUCCCACAGUAGCGCCUCUUCCCCGGGAUGUUCUUACCUAAAGACUUAAGUGGAGGAAUGAAACCAGAUGGACUACGUCGGUCAGCCAAAAACCAAAGGAGCUUGAAAUUUUCAAAACGGUCAUAAAUGUAUUUGUCAGGGGCCACUGAGGAACUGACAAAAAGGACUAUGUAAGAGGCCACACUAGCACAAACAAAUGUCACUGGGACUUUAGGAAACGCGUGUGAUUUUUUCUGACCUCAGUGUGUCGAGGUGAGAGGCUCUGCGGGCGAUGCGAUCCCAUCCUCCUUUCUCUUUCCGCCGUCCCGGGUCUCCCCGGCUCUCGGCACGCCAUUCACCCUCGUGUCUGGCUCCUGACUUAGCGGUCCGCUUUUGUUUUGCACAAGCGUUGGAGAUUGUAGCUAGUUGCAUACGGCAAAAACCCCAGCUCUUGAGCGCGUAAGCGUUAGGGCGCUCUCGUCUGUAUUAAUGUAGUCGUCCUCGGCGGUGGCAGGGGGGCAGCCUUCUCCAUGCUGGAAAAAAAAGAAAGAACGUGACAAUGCAGAGCAGGAACCGAACCAGAACUGAGCAUCGCGACAGGAUAAACAGACAAUUGUAGAGAUUCAAAGUAGAUAAGACUUGUUGGAUGCGAUCCCCACUACUGAUGGAAAGAGAGAUGGAGGCGCCCUCCGUACCUUUUGACCUCUGCCCUUUCUUUUGCCUUGACAACGUGCCCCAUGUGGUGAUGUGAAUGUGUGAAGACCGCCCUAGGUCCACCUUGGGUCCUUUAUUGGCUUUUUAAGCGCAUGUAAAACGUAAACAACUUAAGAAACUUAUUUAAAAAAAUGAAAAAUAAGAAAAUUAAGCCUUGCAAUGAUGAUGUGGAUGUGUUCUUUUAUCUUUCUUUUGCUUGGAAGAAUCGAGAAGGAAACAGUGGAUUGUUCAUGUACUAAAUCUAUAACUUGCGUUUAAGGUGGAACCUUUAUCCAGUUCAGUCUUUGCAGAACCUGACGUCCACGGUUUUUGUCCAGUGUUAAAUUGAACAUGAUGUAGACUUGCAUGUAGGGAAUUAUUGGCUGUUGAUUUGCAGCUUUGAGGCUUUAACUUGUAGGGACUCGCUGUUGUUCAGACUUUCUGCUCUGGCUUCAGAUUAAGUUGUUGUGAUUAAACCGAUCUCAGACAAAAUUAUUAUUUAACAUUAGAUGUAGGGAAACUUUAAACAGGCUACAAGAGCAAUGUACUGUAUCGUUGAGUGAACCUGCAGCCUGUAACCUUCUCCGUUUCCACGGUUACUGGAGAGUUUUAGUGAACGCAUCAAGUAGUUUAGCCUCCAGAUCACUCCUUUAUGCAGGCUGCCAUUAAAGUCCUAAGAAAUGUCCAAGUUAAACGUCCAGCGCGUCUCUAUCCCCACAGUGGAUGGUUACGAGCCCAACACCAAUCACCCGUCUUUCAUUUGCCCUGCUCCGUGUCUUCCCCUUCAACCGAGGUCGUGUGCCAGUAGCCGCCUCGCGUUGCCAAGAGCAAAGAUAAAGUUUCCACCUUCAAACGUUUUGUAGGAAAUAAAAAUGUCCACGUAGCUCAGUGUUAAAGCAGGUGUUACAGAGACAUGCUAGAUAAGACUUUUACCAGACCAUAUUUGAAGGAUAAAGUAUCUUAUUGAGAGAUAAAAACAAAAUGUGGGGGAUAUAAGGCGAGCUUCUCUAACUUUGUUAUAAUUAAUUGUAUACCUGUGUAUGUAAAUAUAAUGCAUUCCUAUUUUGCAGUCAAGAACAAAAUACUAUUUGUAAUAUAGAAUAAACUUUAUUAUGAAACCAAG